AUGGCGGAAAGAUUCGAUGCGGGCAGCAGAUUCGCGAUCGAGGAGGUGGAGGGCGGGCGGCAGAGGCGCGUCGUGCUGACACCUGGCGGGCAGGGAUUGGACGCGCACGGUGACGUGUUUUUAGUGGACCACGCGUGGUCGUUCCGAUUGGGCCAGGCGCGCGAGCAGGCACGGCCUGGGGGGGGGGGGUGGGGUGUGGGGGGGAAUGUGGGCGGGGAGCGUGUGCGCGCGAACAUGCUCGUCUCGGGGAAAGGGUGUUCUGGGGGAGGAGGGGAAGGAGGCGGAAGGAGGGAGGGGGAGGGAGGGACAGGGAGGGGGAGAAAAGGGGGUAUGCAUGCGAACCGGCGCGUGUUGCUGGAGGGGGAGGGAGAGGAAGGGGAUGAUUACGCGAGCAGGCGCGUGGAACCGGGAGGGAAGAGGGCAGGAGAGCCUCCCCAAGCUGGCAGCGCGGAUUGCCCCUCUCAUGUGCGGGGAGUUUUUGAGGGGGGCAAUCCCCAUGAGACUGCCUCACAUGAGAAUUCUCAAAACCUGGAGAGCCUCCCCAAGCUGGCGGCGCGGAUGGCGGCUCUCAUGUGCGUUGGGGGGGAGGACGAGGGGGAGGGGGAGGAAGGGGAGGGGGAUGGGGAGGGGGAAGGAAGUGGAGAGGGGAAAACUGGAGACGCAGAGAAGACUGAGGACGAAAGGAAGGGCGGAAAGUCCGUUGAUGAAAUUAUCUCGCGGGCAGUUCGGGCAGCUGUGGAUGCUCAAAUCCAGGAAAGAGAUGGGCAAACGGGAAGUGGAGAGGCGGAGGGAGGGGCGGCGAGAGAGGUUGAAGGGGAGGUGGCGCGAGAGGCAUCUGGAGAGGUGGAGGAGGGGGUGGAGAGCGGUGUGGAGUGGUUGGAGAUGGAUGGGGAGGGGAUUGACGAUGACAUGCUUGCAGCCAUGCACCUGCAUGAACGCUUCCCUCGGCUAGUGGGUCUGAGUCUCUGGGGCAACCGCCUCACAGACGCUGCUCGAGUGGCCUCCCUGCUCUCCCCGCUCACCUCCCUGCGUGCGCUCUGGCUGAAUGACAACCCGUGUGCUGCCACCGAGUCCUCUGCUUCUGAUUUAAGAAACGCCCUCCUGAAAUCCCUCCCCAAUCUCAAGCUUUUCAACCGCCACUUUACCCGCCGCUAUUCCACGUGGGCGCUGCUCUUCGCUGCUGACGUGGCGGGCCCUCAUCGCGCCACCUUGGACGAUGAUAUGGCAGCUGCUGAGAUGGCGCGGUUGACUGAAGUUGACUUGUCUGACCGGGGAAUCGUGGAGCUAAAGCAAGAGGUCUUCUCUCCAUCGCUCCUCCCUGCCCUCGCCCACAUCAACCUCUCUCAGAACCCCCUUCCUCUCUCCCCCCUCGCCCCCAUCGACGCCUCUCGUGCCUCUGUGCUGCUGCCCCUCGCCUCGCUUCCCUCACUGCGCUCUCUGCAAUUAGACCUAGAAGGCCCUUUUCCCUUCGACCCAUACGAUGCAGCUUCCACUCUCCCCCGCCUCUCCUCCCUCAACGGCGGUUUGCUCUCCUCGUUCAUGCGGGGAGGUUCCUGGAUGUUUCCUCGCCUGCCAGCCUGGCAGCCCGGCACGCCAUUGGUGGAUCGAGUGCUGCAUGCCAUGUGGCGCCACGUGUGCAGCUACAAGCUCGCCACUGAGACACAGCUGGAUGAGAGUGCUGUGUGGUACAUAAUUGACGAGUUCGGCAGUGCCUUCCGUCACAGCGACCGCCCCAACUUCCGCUGUGCGCCCUUCCUCUUCCUUCCCCACGCCUCCUUUGCAUCCGCUGUCAGCUACUCGCUCGUGUGGCCAGCAGCAGCAGUGCAGCCGGGGCAGGAGUGCACGAGGGACUAUCUCGCCGGGGUGGGGGAGGAGCAGCAGCGCUCAGCCAAGCUGUCCGUGUGGUUUCACACGCCCUCAAGCGCCUUCCAGCAAGCCUACGAGCAGCGCAUGUGCAGGUUCGCAGCAGCAGCCGCAACGCACACAGAGGCAACCACUCGGCUUGCUUGCACGGAAUCCGACAAUAAAGAGGACACGGGAGGAGGAGGAGAGGCGGGUGGAGCAACAGACAAACCGGAGGAAGCAGACGAGCCAGAGAAGCCGGAAGUGGGGAAGCAAGUGUAUCGAGUGUUCACAGAUCUGCCCUAUGUCACUCACAACCUCUCUCGCCCCGAGUUCACAUUCGUGGACGCCCCCAGCGAGGCAGACAUCAUAUGGACGAGCACGCAGGUGGACGAUGCAUUCAGAGAGGCGGCUGGGCUGAAGGAGAGGAGGGAGAAGGGAGAGAGGGAGCCGUUGGUGAACCAGUUUCCGGGCGAGGAGUGCCUGGUGAUGAAGCACCACCUGGCCAAGACCGUGCAGCAGGCAUACGGCAACACGCGCCCCUGGUUACAGGACACGUACGAUAUGGAGUCAGAGCUGGCAGCGCUGAUAGGGUGCUUCCAGCAGAGGGAGGAGGCGGCCGCUGCUGCUGCAGGGAGGCGGGUGAUUGCCAGCUACGAGGGUCGUGAGGAGCCUCAGAAGAAUGAAGACCCGGAUCUGGACAACACGUGGAUCUUAAAGCCGUGGAAUCUCGCGCGCAGCAUGGAUGCAACGGUGUCGCGCCACCUGGCGCAGAUCGUACGGCUGGCAGAGAGCGGCCCCAAGGUGGCCCAGAAGUACAUCUCCCGCCCCGCGCUCUUCCACGGCCGCAAGUUCGACCUGCGCCUCCUGCUGCUGCUCAAGCGGCUGAGACCCUUGGAGGCUUAUUUGUCGGACGUGUUCUGGGCGCGAAUCGCCAACAAGGCAUACUCUCAAGCAGAGGACUCCCUGUCAGACUUCGAGACACACUUCACUGUCAUGAACUACAGCGGCCACAAGUACGAGCAUGUGCCCACGCAUGAGUUUGUGCAUGCAUUUGAGCAGGAGCACAAUGUGACGUGGCAGUCCAUUGACCAAUCAGUGCAGAGAAUGCUGCGGGAGCUCCUGGCUGCUGCUGUUACUGUUCAUCCAGAGAUGCAGCCAGAUGACGACACCUGUCGAGCAAUCUACGGUGUGGAUGUGAUGCUGGAUGAUCACUUCCAACCCAAGCUUCUGGAG